GACCCUCAUGACUGUGUGUAAAGGUUAGUAAAUCUCUUAAAAAUCAAUUUCUAUAAUAUGGCAUGAUUAGUUUAGAUUCACAUGUCAAAUCAUAAAAUCUCCCGAAAAAGGACAUGGAAGGAUAUCCUGUAUUUGUUAACAUUUGGGACAAAUUCAAAUUCACAUCAUUACAACAACAGAGUUCUGCAGUUUUCACUGUAUAAUGUUAAAUCAUGAGUCGAAUUUCACAAAAUGCCACAUUACACAUCUCACACAACUCAAACCUUAAACUAAUCAGCAAAUGAAGUUCACUAUUGAUUAUAGACGUUAUUUUCAACAUCUUGGACGUCUUCAUUUGCCUUUGACCCAUUUAACACUAUAGUAUUUGUUACUCUGUGUGGUUCAUGCUAUAGGCACACAGAAACUCUUGAUGUUUGUCCAUCUAUCAGACCAAAACCACAUUUCUUUCCAGAUCUAAAGGACUCGGACCACAUCAGGUUUCGUUUUGACUCGAAACUGAACUUGUAGAGCGGAAAAUAAUGCAUUCAGUGGAACCAUUUUUCACAAGAAAAACUCUAAGACGUCUUCUGUACGGGUGUGUUUGGUGUCGGGACAGGUGAAAUCAAAAGGGUAACAGAGGGAGAUUCUGUUACUCUAAACAUUAAGCCUCAGAGAGAUAAGGAGCUACUUUGGUUGUUUGGAGAUCAAGAGGCUCUCAUUGCUGAAAUGAAGGUGGAAACCGGAGUCUUUAGAACAUACGAUGGUGCUGAUGGGAGAUUCACAGGCAGACUGGCGCUGGACUAUAGCAGUGGAUCUCUGACCAUCACAAACAUCAGAACUGAGCAUGCUGGACGCUAUCAACUUCAGAUCAUCAGUGAUACGGGACAUCAGUCGGACGAGACAUUCACAGUUUCUGUCUAUGCUCGUCUGCCUGUUCCUGUCAUCAGCAGAGACUCUUCACAGUGUUCUUCAUCAUCAGGAUCAUCAGUGUCAGAAUGUUCACUGUUGUGUUCAGUGUUGGAUAUGAGUCAUGUGACUCUCUCCUGGUACAAAGGAAGCAGUUUAUUGUCCAACAUCAGUGCAUCUGAUCUCAGCGUCAGGCUCGCUCUUCCUCUGGAGGUGGAAUAUCAGGAUAGAAACACCUACAAAUGUGUGCUGAACAAUCCCAUCAGCAACCAGACCAAACAUCUGGACAUCAGUGGACUCUGUCAGCCAUGUCCAGCUCCUCUGCCGAAUUCCUGUCAUCAGCAGAGACUCUCCUCAAUGUUCUUCAUCAUCACCAGACCAGAACUGUUCACUGUUGUGUUCAGCUGUGAAUGUGAGUCACGUGACUCUCUCCUGGUACAAAGGAAACGGUUUAUUGUCCAGCAUCAGUGCGUCUGAUCUCAGCAUCAG